GCAGAUAUCAAUGAAUGCACAAAACAAAAUGGCGGAUGCUCUCACAGGUGCACUAACACUGAUGGUAGCUUUACAUGCUCUUGCCCAGAUCCUGAACUGAAUUUAGCACCCGAUCGUCGAACUUGUGUCGGUAAGAAAAUUGGUAUCACCUCCGCAGGUUGUUCAUUAUGAAUCAAUUUUAGGGAAAAAUUGAGAUUCAUUUUAAUUAUAUAUAACAUACAACUUUAUUAUCUAUAUAGCGCAAAAUACAUGGGUAUAUGAUCAUGAUCUAAUGCACUUUACAUUACGAUGCUUAGAAUAUGCUUUAAUAUUACAAUGAAAUGGAUAAAAAAAAUCACAUCUUACCUAAAUAGUUAAUAAAUUUAUUCUGGAUAAAAAAAAUAUAUAUAUAUUUGCAUGUAAAAAUGUAUGUUAAAAUACCAUAGGUCACACGAUAAAAGCUAAUUUAAAAUAAUGGGUUUUUAGCCGUGCCAUAAAAGUUUUGAGAUUGCCCAAAGCUCUCAGCUCGCCUGAAAGGGCUGCAAAGAACGCUCUGUCUCGUUCUUUUUUUUUUUCCAUAGCCGAUGAUGUUGACAUCAAGUGUUUUAAAAACCACAUGUCAAUCACACUACCCAAAACCCUCCUUCAUGGGUUAAGCCGUGAGCAUGUCACUCUACGAGAUCUCAACUGCGUUGCAACGGAAACAAAUACCCAUUACACCCUUACGACAGCUUUCACCGAUUGUGGCACGACCGCCACGUUCAGAAAGGGCGCCGUUGUCUACAGUAACACAGUUUUGGAAAUACCAGUGGAAGGUGACGCUGUGGUAACCAGAGUUCGCGAGAUUGAGAUUCCUUUCAGUUGCUAUUUCAAAUCCAGCGGUGAUGCAAUAUCUGUUGGAUACAAACCUGACAUCAGGAAACUGGUCGUCGACGAAGAUGGGAAAGGAAACUUUUCACUAAAUCUAGACAUGUUUGCAGAUAAAAAGUAAGCUUGCAUGAAGUGUGUACUUAGGUAACAAUGCAUCGUGGGAGGCCAAAUAGGGAGUUUGUCUUGAAGCAGUUUGAGCUUUCUACUCUAUCAUACUCGGGUUCGAAAUAAUUCACUAAAACUUGGAGCAACAAACUUCCAUUGUUCCACAUUUCGGCGUCAGUUGAAAUUUCCUUAAGAGGGCGCAAAAAGUAGUAAGUGCUGAUGUUACAUCGAAGAACAAUGAAGAAAAAAUAUUUGUUUGCUUUCGCAUUUUCUGUUGCUCUGAAAAUUAUCUUCUUUUUUUAACCAGGUUCACCCUACCAUACAGAGAAGAGGACUAUCCAGUGCAAAUCAAACAAAAACAGGAUCUGCGUUUUCGAGCGUCCGUAAAAUCCGAGGACAAAAAUUUGUCGGUUUUAGUGGAAAAUUGUUUCGCUACUUCCUCCAAAAAUACUUACCUUGCGGCUAAAUAUUAUCUCGUCAAGAACGGGUGAGAUGUAUACGAUUGUUCCAUGUGUCAUUAAAAGGGAUAAACAAUGUACAAUGCGACGAGCUAAUGCCACUGAAAAAAAGUUGGAGACAAUUUGCUUCAUGACAAUAUAUCUGUGGAAAUCUUGGCCGCUGUGACUAGUCGUCUAGAUUCAGGCUGGUUUGAGUUUGUGCGAUACUCGUAGCUAGUAAGAUGAGUCACAACUUAACUUAUUAAAGAAGCAGCACACACGAAACUAUUUUUUCCAAUAAUUUAAUCCACCCUUUCAAACAGACAGAUUUUUAUGAGAUCUGAAAUUACACCUUGAACAAAGUUUAGAAUUCUCAGAAUCUCCAAAGAGAAAAAGUAAAAAUUUUUGUUGGAUAUCAGGCCUUUGCAGAUCAGAGACGGAUUAAUAUUUCUCAUUGAAAUGUUUCCAUGUGGUGUUUUGUAGAUGCUGUGUCGAUAAAACCACCAAAUUCGUUCCAACUCCUAAAACUGAAGAAUCCAGAUUCUCCAUCGAAGGAUUCAAGUUCAUUGCUGAUCAUCCAUUUGUGUUUCUUCAUUGCCAAAUGAGGAUUUGUGAUUCUGAUGACCUGAAUUCCAGAUGUUCUCAAGGAUGUUUGAAAGGAUCGAGGGAAAAGCGAGACGCUAACAAUAAGGAUAAGUUGUACUCUAUGGUACAGGGCCCUCUUACAAUUGAUGAUGACUUAGAAGAAACGAAAGCCAAUCAAAAGACUGUAAAAGGUAAAAUAGCAACUGACUGUUUUCUUCAGCUUUUUAAUAAACGCCAAAUAUAAAUAUGCGAAGUGAUUUUGGAACUUAAGUUGACAGUGAGGACUGCAACAAGAUAAAAACCAAUCUAAAACCUUUAGCCCCAAAAGUGACUGGCUUUUUACUUCUCCUUCCAGUAUAUUCCUUGAAUCAAAUGUAGAGGUCAUGGAAUUAGAGAGAAAGAUCACCAUUUUGCAAAAGAAUCUCCUGACUGUCGAUAAGUUCUUCUUGUCAGUGUCAUAGGUACUGUGAAGAAAGCAUAUGGAGAACAUAAAUGCUGAUGUUAGUGUGUUGAACGUUGAGGAGCUCAGAUAGCAUCUUGACUUCAGAAAUAAUUCUAAAAGUCAGUUUUCCCGUCGGAAACUUUUGUUUAAUCCACGUUUUAAUGGUCUUUACAUUGUUUUAUGUUAAUCUUCAUCAUCUUAAACUUCUACUUCUCUCUAGCCUACUUUUUCAACCUUUUUAAAAUCAAGACCUCGGUGAAAACUCAAAUAAAAAUGAUUAGAUAAUAAAUAUAAUGAUAAUAAUAGUGAUCCCUAUCAUAAUUAUCAUCUUCAUCUUUACUUUUAUGUUUGCCUUUACUAAUAUUGACAUCAUUUAUUUUCCUUUUUGCUAACAAUUUUGAAGGUGCAUGGUUUUUACUCGGUAAACUUAUUCACCCAGAUUUAACAAUGCGUAAGAAAAUUCCUUUUAUUAAAAAUCCUUUGGUUUAUUUCAGAUGCCACCAUACCAGCAGUCCUUUCUUUACUUGUACUGGCUGUGAUUUGCAUUGUGGGAAUGAUUUGGUUAGAUCACAAAAGAAAAAGAGUCGCUCGUGUGUAUACUCCAUAG